AUGGGCGGCCCUUCGACAUCUCUAGCAGCGGUACCUCCCAAUACAACAAAUGACACCUCUCAAACCCAUGCCGGAGACCAAUACGACGUCCCUUCUUACGAGCCUCACUCGUCCUUUGUCGACCUGAAGAACCGUAUCCGACAUCACUACGAACUGGCGUCAGACUACUACUAUUCCUUAUGGGGCCAGCACAUCCACCACGCCUACUUCCUCACACCCACCGACACCAAAGAAACAGGGCAAACGAACCUCAUCAAGCUGCUUCUCGAAAUCUCGUCCCUCGAGCCGUCUACCACAGUUCUCGACGUAGGAUGUGGCAUAGGCGGCACGACUCGCCACCUGGCGCGCGACCACGGCUGCACCGUGACCGGCAUCACCAUCAGCGGCCGCCAAGUGCAGAUUGCGAAUCGUCUGACCGGCGAAGAGACCAACAGUACCAGUACCAGUACCAGUACCAGUUCGCCUUCUCCUCAAGACAGCAGUAGGCCUGUUAGUGACGGCUUCACUCGCAUCGGCACGCAAGACGGCCGCGUUCGGUACAUUGAGCUCGACGCCGAGAAGAUGCAGGGCCACUUCUCGCCCGAAACGUUCGACUGUGUUUGGAUUUCCGAAGCCUUGAGUCAUUUCCCGGAUAAACCACUCUUCUUCCGCAAUGCAGCCCGUGUGCUGAGACCCGGAAAGGGCAAAUUGGUGAUUGCCGAUUGGUUCAAGGCUGAGGGUCUGGAUGAGAAGGCUAUGGAGGAUGAUAUCAAGCCUAUUGAAGACGGCAUGCUCCUCCCUCCCCUAUGCACUCAAAGGGACUAUGUGGCGAUGGCCGAAACCGCUGGUCUCAAAGUUCUCCAUGAGCCAAAAGAUAUAAGCAAAGACGUCGCAAAGACAUGGGAUAUCUCAUGGGACCUCGUCGCGUCCCCAUCACUGUGGGCCUUUGCCAUUUCCCAAGGCCGCGACGGCUUAUCCUUCCUCCAGGCCUUCCGGGCCAUGCGGAGGGGAUACGCCAACGGAACCUUUCGAUAUGCCGUGAUGGCCUUUGAGAAGCCCUAG